GCGUCUCGUCAGCGCCAGUAGGCAGUAGCGCUCCACGCUGCAUCUACUUAGAAGAUGUCUAUUGCCGUCGUUUCCUCACAGUACUUCCGGGUUUCAUUCUAAUGUCGUUGCAUAUUUAUACAAUUGUAUACGUUUUGUUUUCUUGUUCAACGAGUGAGUUAUCAAAUGUUUUCCCUUAGUUGGUCUCGCUUGUGUUCCGUCAGUACCCGCGAAGUAUACACCAAGCUAAAACGAGCAGCGUGGAGGACAAUUUCAGGACAUACAAGUGCUAAACACGCUAAUGUGAAUGUGUUACUAGCAGUGCAUGUUACUUUGCCUUCCAGACGCCUCUGUCACGGUCACUUAGGUGACUUGUACAAGAACGAUGCUGUUCAAAAGUAUAUUCGGCAUCUCAUGGAGGAGCACCGAGAUCUCCAACAGCAGCUGCAACGUGCACACCUGAACGUAGCAGACAGGAAAGUGAUGGUGACGAAACACACACAGCUGCUGCCCUUUGCCAAUCUCUUCCACCGUAUUGAACAAGCUCGCAAAGAGCUUGUGGAAGUCCAGGCACUUUUGUCUUCUGCCCCCAAAGAAGAAGAUGAACAGUUAGUCCAGCUGCUGAAAGAAGAGGAUGCUAUUAUCUCUCAUAGGAUUUCAACGUUAAUAAAAGAGUUAAUGAACACUCUAGUGCCGACUGACCCUAUGGACCCUAGUAAUGUCAUAUUAGAGGUGGUGUCUGGGCGAACAACGGGAGGUGAUGUAUGUCAGCAAUUCACCCGAGAAAUGUUUGACAUGUAUCAGGGUUUUGCUGCUUACAAGAGCUGGGGUUUUGAGACGUUGAACUACACACCUGCUGAGUAUGGUAGUUUACAUCACGCGGCUGUGCUGAUAUCCGGAGAGAAUGUGUACAGACAUCUGAAGCACGAAGGGGGAACGCACCGGGUGCAGAGGAUCCCCGAAGUAGGCCUUUCGUCCAGGAUGCAGCGCAUCCACACAGGAACCAUGACUGUGAUCAUCCUGCCUCAGCCUGUUGAGGUGGACAUCAACAUCGAUGCUAAGGAGCUGCGUGUUGACACAUUCAGAUCUAGUGGUGCCGGGGGUCAAAGUGUCAACACAACGAACAGCGCGGUGCGUAUUGUUCACAUUCCCACAGGUACUACAGCAGAAUGUCAACAAACCCGCUCUCAACUGAAAAACAGAGACACCGCCCUGCGCAUGCUGAAGGCCCGCCUAUAUCAAAGCAUGAUGGGUAAAGAAACCGAGCAGAGGAAUUUAGCUCGUAAGAAGCAAGUUGGCACGCGCUCACAGUCGGAGAGGAUUCGCACGUACAACUUCAGCCAGGAUCGCAUCACAGACCAUCGGACUGGCUAUGUUAGCAGAGAUAUAAAAGAGUUUAUGCGAGGAGGGGAAGCUCUCGAAGAUCUCAUCACUGAUGUACUCGAACACAUGGAAUUGGGGGCUCUGUUGGACCUGGUGGAGAAUGGUGGCAACAACCUGUCAAGGUCUGCAGAUUGACAAGCUUCACAAGUCCCUUUGUCAAGUAUUUAUUGCUAAACUGCAGCAGGAGAUUCUGUGUAAAUAUGUUUUGCAUGGCUUGUUCAGCUUUAGCAUUUAUUUAAAGCUUUUUGUCACAUUAUA